UGGAAAGAAGACUCUGGUUCAGGAACCAGACCGUUUAUUCUUUUAUUCUGGGGCGGUGUUCUUUCCCGUGAUCCAAUAUCAACUUUGCGAGGCCAACCGAAUGAUUCUCAUUUACUAUACCACAGAGUCCAUUUGCAUAGGUCGAUCGAACUGGGAAAGCCCUCCGCGAUCAACAGGAGUUCGUUGUGGUUAUGGUUGGCCAUUCAUAUUUUUGCACCUGCCUCUUGCUGCAAAACACGGAGAUUGUGUGCAGGUACUUCUUUUGCGUGAUGUAAGGAGACAGCAGGUGCGAGUAUUUGAUCAGCCUCGUUCUCAAGCGCUGGUUCAAGGAGCAGUGACAGGAUCUCGAAGGUUUCGAGACGAAAGUUGGUUCAAAGCUCCUAGUCGCCUACCCGCAUCACAUCGCCUCCACCAGGAUCGAGGGUCACCCCACCAGGACCGAGGACCACCCCACCAGCACCUGUACGAAAAUUGUGCACACCUUGUUCUCUACAGGAUCCUCGGCACCAUAGCUAAGGAAGGAGAAGCGACUGAGGAUAAAGCGGGACGCAGAUGCAAUGCAAACGCUCAACAACCUCUCAAUCCCGCUGAAACGGAGACGGGACUCAUAGAGCUACAGGACGCAUCUGACAACGAAGCAGGUCUUGGUGUCACCAAAGACCCACUUGUGGUGAAGCCGAAGGGGCGUCCAAGAGCCAAACGUAUCAAGAGCAGCAGUGAGAUGUCGCGACCAUCCAAAAAAUUCCAUCCUGCUGAAACAGACCUUGAACAAUAAACGAGU